CCUCCCUCCCUCGCUUCCUUAUAAGCCGCUCGCCCGGCCUCCUGCCCCUCCCCCUCUCGCCCCCGCCGCCAUCCCUUCCUUAUAGAGACAGCGUGUAGGCGCCGGGCGAGCAGGCCACCACCGCAACCCUAGCCAGCCCAACUACCGCCGCCGGCUGGAGAGGACUAGCUGCUGCUCGAGAGAGAGAGAGAGAUGUCAUCGGGACGGUACAUGGCCUACUCGCCCUCCCCGUCCACCACGCCGCACUCCCCGCGCAUCUCCGGCCUCCGCGCCUCCUCCGCCGCCGUCGCCGACCAGGAGAAGUACCUUGCGGAGCUGCUCGCGGAGCGCCACAAGCUCAACCCGUUCGUCCCAGUGCUCCCCCAUAGCAUACGGCUGCUGAAUCAAGAAAUUUUACGUGUUUCCACACUAUUGGAGAACGCCUCCCUUUUAAACCAAAGUGGCUUUGAACAUGGUAGUCCACUAACAUCGGGAGGAUUAUAUUCAAAUGGAGCAGCAACUGAUAUGAAUGGAUGGACAUCAGCAUUUCAAUCAGAAAGUUCAUCAGCUUAUAGUUGGCUUGGAGGUUCUCAAGGCAGCUCAUCUGGACUAAUUGUCAAGAAAACAAUGAGGGUUGAUAUUCCAGUAGACAAAUAUCCAACAUACAACUUCGUUGGUCGCAUCCUUGGUCCCAGAGGAAAUUCCUUGAAGCGAGUGGAGGCAACUACUGACUGCCGUGUGCUUAUAAGAGGCCGGGGUAGCAUUAAAGAUCCAGCUCGGGAGGAAAUGAUGCGUGGAAAGCCAGGAUAUGAACAUCUGAAUGAACCCCUACAUAUAUUGGUUGAGGCAGAGCUGCCUGUUGAAAUUAUUGAUGCUCGUCUGAUGCAAGCCCGCGAGAUCCUUGAGGAUCUGUUAAGGCCAAUGCAGGACGAGUCUCAGGACUUCUUCAAGAAGCAGCAGCUCCGGGAGCUUGCAAUGCUCAACGGCACCCUCCGUGAGGAAGGGAUGCAAAGAUCUGGUUCCGCAUCCCCUUUCCACAACAGCCUUGGAAUGAAGAGGGCCAAGACAAGGGGGUAAAAGGCCACGAGUACCAUGGGAGAAGCAAUCAUCUGUCCUGAGACGGAAACUGAGUAUGCCUAUGGGUUUGCCUUCGUGGCUAAUGGCGCAAAAAAGGUCUGGUCUCGCACCGCUAGCGUCGGAGCAGCCCGUACUUGAUAAUACAUAUGCCUGGAGUCGUGUUCGCUGCUACUGGAGAGGUUUGGUUAUGGCAAGACUGGGUGUCGACUGUUGAGCUAUAUAUCGGGUUGUGCAAGAAGUGGUUUGUGUAUUGCUAUGAGCUAUGACUGGGGUUUUGAUUUAAGGUUCUUGUGCUUGUAUUUGAACUUUUGAAGAAUGUUAUCUGAUUAUGUUAUUUGGGAUUGAAAUGAUGUUGUAAUUUGUUACAGUUAUUGUAUUGCUUAAUAAUAGAUCGAUAUUGUAAUAUAUAGGUGCUGGUAUUUGCAUUA